AUGCCUUCUCCUCAACUUAUUGCCUUUCUGGCGUCUCUAGCUGUCCUGGCUAUCGGUGGGCUCAUCUCCAAUGGCUUUAUUGUUGCAGUGAUAGUCACUGAGUGGGCUAAAAGCAGGAAACUUGAUGCUAGAGAACAACUUCUUCUGUCCCUAGGUAUGUCCAAUAUCGGCUUCUCGGGUGUUCUGUCUCCAUAUUUAAUUAAGUACUACUUAAUCUCUGACAUUAGCAGCCCCUUAAUAUUACAAACAUGCUACUUCAUUGGAACCUUUCUCACAUUCUCCCGAUUCUGGCUUACUGCCUGGCUCUGCCUCUUCUAUUAUCUCAAGAUCGUUAAGAACAACUGCUCCCUUUUUCUUUGGUGCAAGCUGAGGAUAUCACGGAUAAUACCUUGGCUUCUUGGGGGAUCUCAAGCCAUCUCCUUGCUUGCUUCCUUCUUUGCACUGCAGAGUGUGUAUAUUAAACCCCAGGGAAGCAUUACAAACAUGACGCAAGACCAGACAGAGCUUGAUUUUGCUACUAAUUUCAAAAUCUUCUUUUUGAUUACUGGUGCUGGCUGCCCGUUCCUGAUAGUUUUUCCUUGCUCAAUCAUGGUUGUAGCCUCACUCUACAGACAUGUCUACAAACUGACUGGGAAAGAAUCCAAUAUUAGGAGCCUUCAAACAGAUGCUCACACGAAGGCAGCUGGGACAGUCCUCCUCCUGCUGGUGCUUUCCAUUUCUUUUUACGUGGCAAAGAUCUUAUUUUUAACUGGCUGUAUUAACAAAGAUAUAGUUGCCAUUUCAGUGUGUGUAACAAUGAUACUAAUGUACUCCCCUGUGCAGGCUGCCCUCCUGGUGUUGGUGAAUCCCAAGCUGAAGCAGGCAGCUGCCAGGAUGCUUCCAAGAAGAAAGCCUUAA